AUGGUGGACUCUCGAAGCGCUCGAAGUUGCUAUGAACAACUCCUCACUGGACUUGAGUAUCGCAAUGCGACAGUGGAACUGUUGGAUGCCGUGAUAUAUCCCGGAUCAUGGCAAGGGAAGCCCAAGCCUGAUCCCGAUCGGCAAACCAAACGCACAACAAAGUCCAAUCCGAUGGUACUGGUCCCUCAAUGGAUGGUUAAAGGCGUGGGACCUGUCAGCAGCGCCCGUCCAGCUCCAGCCAGACCGAAGUCCAGCCGUCACCGACGAGUGCUGACACAGAUGGAACGCCGUCUCUUCAUCUUGGAUUUAGUUGUGUGA